AUGGCAUCGAAGCUAGGAGAUGGUGAUAUGAACAACUUGUUGAAGUCAUUUAGUACUUCCAAGUACAGAACACAUUUUAUGGAAUCUGCUACGGGGUUGAAAUUUGUGAUUAUUUCGGAUACGUCGAUAGAUAACCUCCAGAACGUGUUGUGGGAGUUGUAUUCUAAUUACUACGUGAAAAACAUCGCGUUUAACAGUUUGAGUGCCGUUGAUUUCAAAGAGGAGGAGAAAAUCAGCAAUAGUAACUUUAUUGUGGAAACAGACAAGUUCUUGCAGUCAUUGGCAGUCUUUCAAUGA